UCCUCCUGCGUAAUCGAAAUAUGAUUCGAAUACUUCGGUCACAACUGUCUCGGCGACCUGGUUCGGGUUCAGGGCACAAGACCUAAGCAGGAGCUGAGUUUCGUCAGGGGGAUAUUGUUGCCUCCGAGGAACGAAGAGCACUGUGAAGAAGCCCGAGGAGCCGUCCUGUCUCUCCCUCCCCUCUUACAGAGAAACAACAUACCUCGAAAAGAACACCACUGAUAUCUCUGUCGGACAGGCGUUGUGACAAAAUAAGCUUCCCCAUAGGACUAUGCCGACAGAAGCAAUCGAAGUUGAUGACAUCCAGUAAUCAUGCUUCCAGCGCUUCGAGUUUUUGGUAAACGUGGCCCGACGGCUCUCAGAUUCGUCAGUGGUGCUCAGCUGCCCCCGACGCGGCCGUCCUUCGCAUACGAGUCGAAAACUCGCCUAGACGAUGGCCUCCGACCGCUGUAUCUGGACUUCCAAGCCACGACACCCAUGGAUCCUCGAGUCUUGGACGAGAUGCUCCCAUUCCUCGUGGGCUCAUACGGAAACCCUCAUUCGAGAACCCAUCAGUACGGUUGGGAAAGCGAAUCCGCGAUGGAGAAGGCUCGCGCGGACGUGGCCAAUCUCAUAGGAGCGGAUCCGAAGGAAAUUGUUUUCACUUCCGGAGCCACAGAGAGUAACAACUUAGCUAUCAAAGGCGUGUCGCAUUUCUACAAAGAGAAGAGAAAUCACAUCGUGACGACCCAGACGGAGCACAAAUGCGUGCUGGACUCGUGUCGUGUCUUGGAGGGCGAAGGCUUCAGAAUCACCUACUUGCCGGUGUCGAAGAACGGUCUUAUCGACUUGAGUGAGCUCGAAAAGGCCGUCACGAGCGAGACGGCCCUCGUUUCAAUCAUGACAGUCAACAACGAGAUCGGGGUCCGGCAGCCCAUCGAGGAAAUCGGCAGAAUUUGUCGCGAGAAAAAAGUGUUCUUCCACACAGACGCCGCGCAGGCAGUCGGCAAGAUGCCGAUUGACGUGAAUGCAAUGAAAAUCGAUUUGAUGUCAAUUAGCGGACACAAGCUGUACGGUCCGAAAGGUGUGGGAGUCCUGUAUGUCCGGAGACGUCCGAGGGUCCGACUGGAGCCUCUGCAGAGCGGCGGAGGUCAAGAACGUGGUUUGAGGAGUGGGACAGUCCCCACGCCACUCGUUGUGGGAAUCGGAGCCGCCUGUCGACUCGCACACGAGGAAAUGGACUUCGAUUGUGCUCACGUCAGCAGACUCUCUAAAUUGCUGAUCGACCUCAUUACGAAAGAUCUGACUCAUGUUGUGCGGAACGGGGAUCCGGAUAGCAGCUAUCCCGGAUGUGUGAACCUGUCGUUCUCAUGCGUCGAGGGCGAAUCACUGCUGAUGGCCAUGAAGGACGUGGCCUUGAGUUCAGGAAGCGCCUGCACGAGUGCGAGUCUCGAACCGAGUUAUGUUCUGAGGGCGAUCGGAGCAGAUGACGAUCUUGCACAUUCAUCGAUUCGUUUCGGCAUCGGCCGCUUCACCACGGAGGAGGAAGUGAUCUAUACGGCUACGAAAAUCGUUGACCAAGUCAAACGUCUCAGAGAUAUGUCCCCGUUGUGGGAGAUGGUUCAAGAUGGUGUUGACUUGAAGUCCAUUAAAUGGACGCAACACUGAAGUGCGUCUUCGUGUAUAAAGUCAUAGUGUAUCCUUAGGAGUCGGAGAGAACAUGAGCGAGGCUUCCCCUUGUCUAGAAGUGAUCGUGUCUGUUAUCGUUUAAGCAGCGAGUUCUCUGUGUAAGGGGAAUAAAGUGAGACUGUUCUUGCUCGUCAUAGUCCAGAAGCUGAUUGAAUCCCUGGGCAACAUACGAGUAAACUUCCAAUUUCAAUAUAUUUAUUCCGCAUAGAUGUAUGUACUUUUCGAAUAUACUUUUCAAGC